UCAUGUCGCUCUUCUUCGUUCGUCAUCUCGGUAUAUUUCUUUCUCGCAUCUUUACUCUAAUUAGUCCUUAAAAUGGCCCAAGAACAAGUUUUGCCUUUAAGCAAUUCCAACUCUCAAGACCCGCUGCGUCCAGGGAGAUAUCAAUCGCUUCUGCCUCUUAUCGACGAGAUCCUAUCUAUUCUCCACGCCCAAACCGUCUCUUCCGAGAAACUAUCACCCGCCCAAGCAUCUGAACAGGUUGCUCCCAAGGCGAAGCAACUCGCGCAAGUUCUGGAAAACAUGAAGCUCUCAGCCAUGUCUCUCCCUGGUGCUCACCUCUCAAUAGAGGAAAUCAACAACCUCACAGAUAUUUUGGAAAAAGAAGGGGAGAAAAGACGCCAAAUACUACGCACAUUCGAGCUAUUAGAUCUACCUAUUGUGGAUGACUUUUCUUUGCCUGGGGCCGAAACGAGAGCUAUGGGUACCCAUGCGUUUCCUUCUCCCAACAAGUGACAAAAUUCGCCCUCGGACGAGAAGAAGCGAACGAGUGACAAGAUCCUUGGACGGAAGGUUCUUCACAUGCCAUGCUGAACCCAAGCUAUGUUGCUCUUGUAAGGUGAGAGGAACCAUCAACUAUGAGAACUGUAGACAAGUAGUACUGUAGCACAUGAGUAGCAGAAGGAUAGACUUAAUCCUUUUCCUCGCAACAUAUGGUGUAGAGGUACAUUUCCGUAUGCCUCUAUUAUAAUUUUAUAAUGGCUUUCCGAACAACUGUGUCUGCCGACCGAUCUCCCAAUCACUAACUAGUCUUUGACUAUUUGACCUGCAUGUAGCUUUUUUUUGCUUUUCACUGGAUGGUUAUUGUAUAUUUACCUCAUUUCUGGGCUUC